UACUGUUAGGCUAACUAAUAUUCAAUCAAUUUUUUUCUGGGAGGAACCGGAGUUUGUGAACCGAGGAUGAACCUCAGUUAGACGGUUUAUCAGCCUCUUUGUUGAAUUUACACGGUCCAAAGAGGAAAUACAAUGCGAUUAAGAAGAAAUACAAAGCGAUGCCUUAUCAUGUCUUCUAAUGCCCCGCAAUUCACAUAAGAAGAGGCUGCUGAACCCGCACAAAUCUCAGCUGUUGUUUGUGGAGGCUCCCAUUAAUGGACCAAAGCAUGAGUAUGGACCACAGCUACGGAGUGCCAUUCAACCCAAGACAUUUAUAUCAGAAAAACCACAGCAAAGUGGUGCACCAUGUACAUCUUGGGUGUCUCCGGAGUUUAAUUCACUUGAAACCACAACAGUUAGUGGAUGUGGCCGAGGGAGGAGAAAUAACCAGAGACAUACGAGAAUCUCAAAUAAGGCGCCAGAUUUGGGGUUUCCUCAGCCUAGAAGAGCAAAGGGAUGCAAAUAUAUUCCGUUGUCCUUUGAGGCAACCACAGCAGGUUCGCAGCACCAACGUGAAAAUUUUAGUAGUACACGGAUGAAGAAUGACAGGCAGGUUUCCUCAGAUGGUCAUAGCAAGGAGUGUAGAGAAACUCCAAGAAGAACUCACUUUCCUCGAAAAGGGGUGAAGAUGAGGAUGGCUACCCGUGUUCUAUCCACCUCCAGGCGUUCAGAAGUUUUAAAGAACCUUCAGAUCCGUAAAAAUGGAAAUAUAACGUCUAUGGAUUCUGUUCACACACCGAACACAAGCUUAGUUCCCGACCCCCCGAAUAUAGAGACGCCAGAAAUGCCACAUUGUUCCAGCACGUCUCCAUCCAGUGUUCAACAUCUCCUCUUCCCUCCAAACCAAGGAAAAUCUCCUCCAUGUACUGAGGACACAAGUGUCCUGGUGCAGGACACACCUGAGGAAGACUAUGGACUGAGGGUGACAUGGAGACGGAGGAAAGGACUGAUGAAAUUGUUGAUUGAUAGAGGUCAGCUUCUUCCAGCAGAUGCUGGAGUUGCCAGUGAUUGGACUUAAAUCGGAAAUUAACAGAUACGGCAAUAGUUUGAUUCGUUUUUUAGUCUUUUCUGUUCAUUAACGGAUUUGAUAAGAUUUGGGAAAUUGUGAUCCCUUACAACCAAGAAAAUGUAAUAAAUGAACACUUCAGGAGAGAGGAAUUAAAGAUGUAAUUUUGAUGUCCCCAGCCUUAUUUAACGGAAGCACCUUUGCAUUCUGUAGGAUCAAUAAAUUAUGUGCUUAAAUGUA